AUGAGUAAUGAAAAGCACGUUGUAGGAGAUAAUGAAGUUGCUACGUCGAAAACGAAAAAAACUGAUGAAGAAGACGAAACACAAUCACGAGCAUCUGAAUCUGAUAAUGAUGAUACUGAUAGCAAUGCUAGUAGUGAAUAUGAAGUUGAAAAAAUUCUUGCUAAACGUCGACGUCGUCGUGGUGGCUAUGAAUAUUAUAUAAAAUGGGUAGGUUAUGAUGAUUCAGCAAAUGAAUGGAUACCUGAAUCCAGUUUAAAUUGUCCACAACGUUUAGCUGAAUUUCACCGUGAAGAAGCACGUAAGCGAAAGCGUACACGAAGAGAACGAAGUUAUUCUCAAAAACGUCGAAGUAAUAAAAGUCGAUCAAAAAAACGACGAGUCAAAGUUAUUGAAGAUGAUGAUAAUGAUAAUAAUAAUGAUAAUGAUGAUGAUAAUGAUGAACAAGAACCAACGAAAUCAGUUGAAUCAUCAACUGGUUCAACAACAAUUUCCGAUAAAGAUCAAGAAACAAAAUCUAUAACAUAUGGAGUUGAAAAAGGUUAUCAAGUUCAAGCUAUUCUUGGUAUUAAUCGUACAAAAGGAGAACAAUUACAUUAUCUUGUCCAUUAUAAAUCUCCUACAAUGUUUGAUGAUAAUAUGGAAUUAAUUCCAGCUAAUAUUGCAAAAAAAUAUUGUGAAGAUGAAUUAAUUCAAUUCUAUGAAACAAGAAUAACAUGGAAUGAUCGUCCAAAUGACUUAUAA